AUGCUUGGCCGGCUUUUGGUAGCAUAUUGCCAGCUCCAGCAGACUGCAGAAGCGGCCGGUGCCAGCGAGCGGCUGCGAGGUGCGCUGAAUCAGAUUUUGAGGCGCCGCCUGGCUCAGAAAUCGCAGAGCCUGGAGUCUUUGGAGGACCCCAUCGAAGCAUGGGCCUGGGCCUAUUUGCUCCUCAAUGGCGACAAGGAGUCUUCCGAUCUCCCAGCUUGGCUAAAGGCGAGCCGCAUGGUUCUCAAUGCGGUUGAUGCUGCCACCGCAGAACCUGGAGAUCGCAUGUGGGUGAACACGAUGGCCCUUCUGGCCUUCUCCCGGCAGCUUGACGCUGAAUGCGUCCUAUCCUCGGAGGACCCUCUCGCCAAAGAGGCUGUUGCCGAAACAGUUGGCGACAUACUCGGCCUCUUGCGGCUUGAUCGCACAAAGUUGCCCACCACCACAAAGGGCGGCGUGGACCCCGACUUGGUCCAGCAGCACCAGCUGACGCUUGCUGAUGCAAUGCGCCAAGUCCCCGCGGGCGAUUUCCGGGCCUGGGCCAUCAGCCUUGUGAAGCUGGCCCUGGUCCAGGCAGGUGCAGAGGAGGGCGACUUAGCCGAAGCCUUCCGGGAGGCCAUGCAGAGUGCAGCACCGGGUGACCUCGCGCUCGGCGCCAUCACUUGGGCCUACGCAAUGUACGUGGCUGAAUGGAAGCUGGCGGCCUCAACAGCGAGUCCACCUGAAUGA